AUGUCUGAAAAAAGUUGGAAGAAGGCUAAAGAAAAGGCUAAAAAAAAGUCAGUGGUAUUAAAAAGAAACAACUGGACAAACAUUCUGAACUGGAAACAGGCCAGUAACAUGAUUAGACAUAAAAAGAGCAUCUGGGAAGUAAAGAUAGGCAGAAGUUCACCAAUCUGCGAAAAACAAAAACUGCAUCUAAAAAUUGUGGAAAACUUUAAGAAUAAUGUUCCUCAAUGUAAAGUUGGAAGGAUUUUGAAUAUCUCACCAUCUACAGUACAUAAUAUCAUCAAAAGAUUUAGUGAAUAUGGCGAUCAGGCGUCACUGCAUUAAAAAUGCUAUUAAAAAUGCAAUUAAAAAUGUUUUCCUAAAAACACUGAUGCCUGGAGGAAAUUCUUGAUUAAAUUGUCAAAAGGACUGCAUAUUGUAGGAAAAACUUCAAGUUUUGGGGCGCCAUAGUCUAUUAUAGAUGCUGAAAUAACUUGGAAUUGGCACACUGGCCUCGACUAAUUCAGAAUAUAAAUUGUAAUUGCAUUUCAUGAUAUAUAGCAACACCUAAUGGAGUGUCUGGCUUGCAAACGAUAAAAUAAAAUGUCACUGUUGCUUCAUUGGCUCUCAUUAUCAGGGACUGAACGCUGACGUCAUACGCCUAAUAAAUAUACAAAUUACACAGAGGUGCAAAAUAUGACUUUGUAAAUAACAGCUGCCCCCCAUCACCCAUCUCAUAACCAAUAGCCAAGCCUCUGUUAGGCUGAGCAGUGAUGCUUGGUGUACUCGUAAAGUUUAGUUUUACUGCAUGACUAAGAAGUGAAAGCACAGAUAUAAAAGCUUAAAACAGCCAGGCUUCUAAAUAAAAUGCAUCAAUCAGUCUGAUUCAGUGGCCCAUGGAAGCAUUUUCUUGUUGUCUUAAAAUGUCAGACGGCUUAUAGACAACAUGGCCCUCAACAUUUUAACAUGUCCACUCCACGUCUCUAAACAAUUACAGAUUUAUUAGGGGUUUGCUCGGCUUUGUUUGCAGAGAUACAGCCAGAGGAUUCAAAUGGUCCAAGAGUUUAAUGAACUAGUAGUAUAAAAAUAUUAGUCAUUUGUCUGCCCUGUUUCUCCAUCUGCUCCCUCGUGGGAUUACAUUGACGUGACAUCUUAAACACCUGCCUCGAUACCUUUUACAAAGUCAGUAAAAAAACAUUCAAUCAACCUUAAGAGCAGGUAAAAUAUGACUAUGCCCUUGAAGAAUGGGCCCACUCACAUCUUUUUUUUUAUUGAGACUAUAAUUCAUCUGUUGAUUUAUCACAAGAGUGUGACUCUGGAUGAUGUUGUCGUCUGUAGCAGCAAGAAAAGGUCUAUGUGUCUGCUAUGCAUCAUGCAGGAAGUGGGUGGGAAGGGGUUAGGCUACAGCUUCAACUAUAUAACACCGUUAGGACCAGCAGAGCACGUAGAAUUCUCCUUUUCACCCUCUGUGCAAAUCAGAGCCACUUCCAUCAGCACUGAUGAAGUGUAACCAUCUUCUCUCCUGGGCCUUUGUGCUUGUGGCCUCGAGCCCACUGCUGGCCCACCCCAUUACAGAAUCUGCUGAGAUGCCGUAUCCAGGACCUGUAUCAGCGGAGGACCGAGGAAUCAGCAGUCUGGAUGAUCUGCCUCUCUCUGAGCAGGAUGGUGCAGGCCUUAGAUAUUCCACUCUAAUAUCUGGUGAGAUCAACAGAGAUGGUGUCAGAACAACAGGUCUGCUUCCUAGGGGGCUCAAAAGAGAGGUCCUGUUGGAGAAACAAAGUCUCCUAAAUCCUUUCAGCCAUGCGCUGGGCAUCCGGAAACAGUUCAGGAAGAGAGGAGGGAAUUCAGAGUGUUUCUGGAAGUACUGUGUCUAAAACAGUGACUGAAAACAGGCACGAGGCAGGGCUUGCACUGAAAGAAAAAAAAUCAAACAUCUUACACUCACAAUGGCACAUACAGCCGAAAUAAAUAAGAAAUACCUCACAUGCAUAAAGCGCAUGUGCAGUCACACACCCUCACACGCACACACAGACAUACACAAAAUGCCCCAUCUAUGAUUGAGACAUAUUGCUUAGGGGCUUUAAGAUGAUUUAUUAGGGUUUAGUUAGAACUGUGAAAUGCACAUAUAAAGUCAUUGGUUGUCCAAUGUAUGGCUAAAUGUCUUUUAGAUGUGAAAGUCAAAGAUGAUAUAGCACUGUUUGUUGAACAGAAAUAAAAAAUGGUAUUGUAAAUAAAUCAUGUAUUUGUCUUUUCUUGGUAAAAGGUGAACCCACUAUGCCUUCAGUAAAAUAAGAAAAAGGAAACAAAAAGACUUUGCAAAGUUGGUUCUCGAGUUUUCUUCAUUUUUUCCUUUUUUUAUUAUUUUACAGCAGAAAGAAUAUAAAGCAUUCAGAAAACAUCUUCCAUAUUUUAAGGGCAAUUCAAAACGUUUUGCAUGGCUUCAGCAGCUGAAAUCUCUUUUUUUUUUUUUUUUUUAAACAUAUCCAUCGAGUCAGUGACGCUUGUACAUGCACAAUUACAAAAAUAAAACUUACAAACAAGAGAAGGGGAGAAAAAGGAGGAAAGCAAAACACAUUAGGA